CAGCUCCACCCACCUGGAGAGAGGACUGCGGUUCUUUCGUCCCACAUAACCUGCUGAUGUAGCCCACCUCGCCGGCAUUCUUCUCGUUCGGCUUCAAGACGAGAGGAUUUGGACGACCUCAACAAAAAAAGGUACUUACUAAGGUGAGCUGUCGUUUUAAUCUCUUCCCUCGUCCAUCGUCUCUUUUGACGGACAAUCAUGGAGUCAUUUUUCAAAAAACUCAAGAAUGAAGUCAAGGAGCUUCUAAACGACGACGACGACAAGAAAAAGGCCGACAAGGACAGUGACAAACCCAAGGAGAAAGACAAGGACAAGGAUAAGGACAAGGAAAAUGAAAAUCCAAGUGACAGAGCGGCUGCUCCCGACCCAAGCGUUUAUCAAGCUUAUCCUCAACAACCCCCCUACGGUCAACCUCCUCAACCAUACGGACAGGUUCCACAGCCAUAUGGUCAGCCUCCACAGCAGCAGUACGGGCAACCUCCGCAACAAUAUGGCCAACCACCCCAAGCACAAGGAUAUGGCCAACCUCCGCAACCAUACGGCCAAUACGGCGCUCCUUCACCCGGGCCCCCCCAACUGCCUCCCGGAUGGAUUCAGCAAUGGGACCAGAAUAGCCAACGUCCCUACUACGUAGAACAAGCCACAGGCCGUACUCAAUGGGAGCCCCCUACACCAGCUUGGGGCCAACCACCACAAGGCCCACCCGGCGCACCUGGCUUCUAUCAGGGCUAUGGGGGUGCAAUGCCAGCUGUUCCUCCCCAGCCGGGUCACGGUGACAACACCAGAGAUUACUACGGCGGCCCAGGGAUGGAACCAAAGAAGGAUAAGAGCGACAAAGACAAGAAGGACAAAGAUAAGAAGGACAGUGGACAUGGCACUGGCGCAUUGCUCGCCGCCGGCGCAGGUGGUCUAGCCAUCGGUGCUCUAGCAGGUGCUGCCUUAUCAGAUGAUGGUAGCCAUCAUCAAGCCGCCGCCGCCCCACCUCCACAACCAGCAUACGACCCUGGAUACGGAGGUGGCUAUGGCUACGGCGCCCCUCCGCCUGGACCUCCUCCCCCAGCAGAGCCGCCCCUGGAGUUCAACCAAAAUCUCUCAUCAAGUCAACGUUCUUCCCUGCAAGAAGCUCGCGAGGAUCUUGAAGAGGCCAGGGCUGCAGCUGCAGAUUCGGAUGCCUCCAGUAGCGAUUUCGAGAGGUUGAAAGAGGCCGAGGAGGAGUAUGCAAGCGAGGUUGAAAGUGCCCACUCCGAGCUCGAGGAUGACUGAGGUUGUCACUGAGACAGAUGAACCACGAUCCUUGUAGCCGGACAGGCUUUGUCAUGACACUCAGAGACGGUCGUGGAGGAUGUAGAAUCCUGCAAGCAAGCUCCCAAACCAAUGGCCAACAUGUUUCAGAAAUCAUUAGACCCUUUCGACUAGAGUUCUCUGACAAAUUUCACCUGCCCUUGAAGGCGGGUUUUCGCUUUUCUGAAAAGGCCUUGAGAGCUUCCAGACGGUCUUCUGUUUCCAAGACCACUUCGUAGGCUUCG